AUGAAAACGAGGGUAAAAACAAACAAGAUGGCGGAGCUGAAAGCAGAAACAGAUGAACAGGAAACUUAUUGCUUUACAGAGUGUCAGAAAAUUGGAAAAGACCUCUUGGAUGAGGUGAAGCAAUCUCUUGUCAGAGAAAAUAUGGAAAAAGAAGAAUCUCGUGUAAAAGCCACCAAGUACCUCGAGGAAACAGCAAUUUUGCAUUUACUGGAGGUAAGCUUACUGUAGUGCAAAGGUAGAAAUUUUACGCAUGCUGCAACGUUUAUUUUAGGGUAGAAAGUGAGGUUUAGAAAAUUAAACAAAGAGUAAUUAUUUUUACAUACAUUGCACCAAUAACUAUGCAUUAUCCAACUAAGCUACCAGUGAGUGGCAGACACAAAAAUGAAACUUCAUCAGGGGCAUCAAAAAGUCAUAUAAAAUAAGGGUACUCCCUAGUCUACCUCGCAGCCGUUUUUAGUGUCUUCACGCAAUACUCCUCCCCACAGAGGAGGGAAGGAGGAGGGGAGGAGUAUUGCAUGACAACAUUAAAAACGGCUGCGAGGUAGACUUGGAAUACUCAUGCUGUGAAGAAAAGUAUUGUUCCAAGAUCCCCUGGGUAUAACACAAAAAUGGAGGUUCUGAUAAGAUCAUGUUCUGUCAUGCCUGUCAGGUCAGGAGAAACAAUGCCAAAGCUUUCAAGAACAGGCAGAAGAGCCUAAGGGUACUGGUCUCAAGAGUCGCACUAGACCAUUUCCAAAUGGCACCACAAAAAUUAUGCCAGUUCCUGAUAAGGCACAAAAAAUCUUUUGUAUCAUUGUGCCCAAUUGGUGAAUGACAUCUCUUGAGAUAUUUUCUUUUGUUUGUGCAUGAUGGCUGUUAAGUUUCCAUCCUAUACCUCUCUGCCUCAUUCACUAAGGUUGUGUGUGCAAGGGUAACUAUGUCUACUUUGCUAACCAGUGAUGGGAAAAGCUUGUCAGAUACUAGCAGUAGGACUUUUCCAAUCCACCACACAGUUUGUCUCUUUCUUCGCACUCACCCUGUUAUUUGCCCUUUUGUCUCACUAAUAUUAUAAGGCGCCUGCUCCCAGGAUAUAUCAGGGUCUUUAGAAUGCCAUUAUCUGUCAUUGUCGGUGUGUACGUACUUUGCUUGCUGACUACCUAUUCUUGUUAAUGAUUCUUAUGAAUGUUUACAUCAAACUAGCAAAGUUCACCACCAAUCCUUGAUUGUGAACAAAAAUUCUUUGUGGGUAUUCUUUUAAACUCUACUGUCUUGGGAAACUUCUCAACUUUACAAUUUCAAAACAAGGCUUGAUGGUAAAAUUUGCUUGUCAGACCUCAACAUGGAUAAGGCCAAUUGAUUCAUUAGCUUUAGUUAGCUGUUAAUUCCAACUCUAGUGGAGCCUUACAUUGAUGCUUGAAUAAAUUCAUUAUCUAAAAAGUUUUCAGGACUUCGCAAGUAUGCUUGAACCUGCAUUAAACGAUUUUUUUUUUGCAGGACUUGAUUGCAAAGCUAGUGUUCAAAAGACCAGAGAAACCAAUAGACUAUCUGGUUAAAGAAAUGGAAGAAUUGAAAAGAAAAGGAACUCAAGUGCAAACAGAAGAUAAGGCAACUUGAAGCUGGAGACUUGUAGAACUCUGUUGAAUUUCUACAAAUAAUCGAUAUGUCAAAAGGAGAGUUAAAAA